AUGUCGAGUUCAACGUCACAAAUCAUUUCCAACACUGCCAACCUUGAGAAAUACCUCAAACUACCCCAGCAUGGCAAGAUCAUGGCUGAGUACGUCUGGAUUGACGGCUCCAACGGCAUCCGCUCGAAAUCCAGGACUUUGAACAGCAAGCCCGAGAAGGUUGAGGAUCUCCCCGAAUGGAACUUCGAUGGCUCGUCGACAGGCCAGGCGCCUGGUAACAACUCGGAUGUCUACCUCCGCCCCGUUGCUUUCUACCCUGACCCCUUCCGCCUGGGCGACAACAUCAUCGUCAUGACCGAGACCUGGGGAGCUGAUGGCAAGCCCAACCCCUUCAACUUCCGCCACGACGCCGCCAUCCUCAUGGAGGCCCACGCAAAGCACGAGUUCUGGUUCGGUCUCGAGCAAGAAUACACUCUCCUCGACAUCGAGGGCUGGCCCUAUGGCUGGCCCAAGAACGGAUUCCCUGCUCCCCAGGGACCUUACUACUGUGGUGUCGGAACUGGCAAGGUUUUCUGCCGUGACAUUGUUGAGGCUCAUUACAAGGCGUGCUUGUACGCUGGACUCAACAUCUCGGGAACCAACGCCGAGGUCAUGCCUGCUCAGUGGGAAUACCAAGUUGGUCCGUGCGAUGGCAUCUCCAUGGGCGACCAGCUCUGGAUCUCUCGUUUCUUCCUCCACCGUGUCGCUGAGGAGUUCGGUGCCAAGGUCACCUUCGCCCCCAAGCCCAUCCCCGGUGACUGGAACGGCGCCGGCCUCCACACCAACGUCUCCACCAAGGAGACUCGUGCCGAGGGUGGCAUGAAGGCCAUCGAGGAGGCCAUGGAGAAGCUCUCCAAGCGCCAGGCUGAGCACAUGGCCGUCUACGGCGAGGACAACCAGCUCCGUAUGACUGGCAAGCACGAGACUUCUUCCUUCGACAAGUUCACCUGGGGUGUUGCCAACCGUGGCUCCUCCGUCCGUGUGCCUCGCUCCGUCGCCGCCGAGGGCAAGGGAUACUUCGAGGACCGUCGUCCUGCCUCCAACGGCUGCCCGUACCAGAUCACCGGCAUAGUCGUCGAGACCCUCUGCGGAAAGGUCGAGGGUGCUGACAUCGUCUCUGCCCUCAAGAGGGCCGACCCCGAGGUUGAGCUCGCCGCUCCCGCUGAGAAGGCGUAG